UGUCUUGUUCUGCCCAGUUCGAUCGGCAACGGGAGCGGAAAGAAGAAAGCUGAGAGCCCGAAGGCAGUAGCCCCCACCACCGCCGGCCCAGGUUACCAUCUAGCACCGGGAAAAAUAUCAGAGAGCCGCCGCCGGCUGAAGCCAUUACCAACGAGUAGUAACCAUGAGCAGCGAGGCCGAGACGCAACAACCUCCACAGCCUGCUGCGGAUGCGGAGAGCCCAUCCAGCCCGGCACCCGCAGCUUCCGCGGGGGAUAAGAAGGUCAUCGCAACAAAAGUCUUGGGUACAGUCAAAUGGUUCAACGUCAGGAAUGGAUAUGGUUUCAUCAAUAGGAACGAUACAAAGGAAGAUGUUUUUGUACACCAGACGGCCAUAAAAAAGAACAACCCAAGGAAAUAUCUUCGCAGUGUUGGGGACGGAGAAACUGUGGAGUUUGAUGUAGUUGAGGGAGAAAAAGGAGCAGAGGCAGCAAAUGUCACUGGCCCAGGAGGAGUUGCAGUCCAGGGGAGUAAGUACGCUGCUGACAGGAACCGUUACAGACGCUACCCACGAAGGAGGGGGCCUCCCCGUGGAGGAGACUAUCCAGAGAACUACCAGAGCGACGAGGGAGAGCCUGGCAGUGGAGGACGUGACAAAGGCAGCAGAGAGGGUGGAGAUAACAUCCCUGAUGGAGAUUCGCAGCAACCACAGCGCAGACCAGCGUACCCUGGCAGACGGCGCUACCCACCAUAUUUUGGAGGUGAGGUUGAUGAGGGCCAAGGAGGUCCAGACCAGGGGAACAAACCGGCGAGGCAGAACUACUACAGAGGCUUCCGACCAAGGUUCACACCAAGGGGUCCACCCCGUCCCAGACCGGUGCGAGACGGCGAGGAGGACAAAGAAAAUCAGGGCGGUGAAGGUGGUCAGAAUCAACAGCCCCGCCAGAGGCGCUACCGCCGUAACUACAACUACCGCCGCAGACGCCAACAGACUGGUGGCAAACCAGGCCAGGAAAACAAGGAGGCCAAGACAGGAGGCGACCCACCUGCAGAGAAAACGUCCGCUCCCGAGGCCCAGCAGGGUGGGGCUGAGUAGUGAACCUGCCCACCGGCACCUACCAUCUUUUACCAUCGUCCGGUUUUUCUUUUGUCAACAAGAAGAAACAUCAAACAAGAUCCGAGCAAUAAAGAUUUGACUUUUAAGAUCGUCACAA